CACACACACCCACACACACACACCUGGGGCAGGUGAGGCGCACUCGCCCUCCAGCAAUGUUCCGUCCCGGACACUCGCUGCCCCGGAUCCCGCUUGGGUUAUUCUCCCAGCACAUCUGCCCCGUUUUCCCCGGCCGAGUUGCCUGCUCUCCGCUGUCGAACCUCUUCCUGCCUCCCGCCCCCAUCUUCACCUACGGCUUGCUCCAAAGCUGCGCACCUCCCGACCCCUGCAAGCAGGCGCUGCUGCUGGCCACACAGGCGGCCGGGCUGGCCGGCAUCACCGACUACCCGGAUGAGUCGAAGCCGGUGAAACAGCGACGGGCACGGGCUAACUACAGCAGCUGGCAACUGGAGGAACUGGAGAAAGCGUUCAAGGCAACUCAGUAUCCAGACAUCUUCAUGAGAGAGGCCCUGGCACUCAGGCUGGACCUGAUUGAGGCCAGAGUGCAGGUUUGGUUCCAGAAUCGCAGGGCCAAGAUGAGGAGGCAGUUGAAGGUACAGGACCGUCCCUCAGAGAAGAGCAGAGUCCAAGAGGCCAGCCACAGUCCAGAGGAGGAGAAAUGCGAUCCUCUGAGUAUCAACGUGGACGGUGCCAAGACGGAGAAGGCCACCUUCCCUUGGCCCGUAUCCCACGCACACCAAGGGGAACUCCUGGUCGCUCCCCCUUUCCAAGCAGUGGUCCAGCGAAUCAGAGACAAUUCCAGCCCCAGCCCCAGUCCAGAGGAGAUCCGCAGUUGCAGCAUUGCUACUCUCCGGGCAAAGGCCAGGGAACACGAGGCCGAGAUACACAAUGGAGCUGCAAACUUGCUCCCCGUCUCCAAGUGCUCUUCCCCAGUGACCCUGGAAACCACCGACGAGGCGAACGAUAGUGGGUUGUAACUGAGCAAACGGAACAAUGAAACACCCAGCACUGGUGUUAGUCACUGGUCACACUGUACACAAUUCUCCGACGGGGGAUUGUGCAAUGGAUGGACACAGAGAGACCGUAUAAUGCACAAAAAGUCCAACACCUGCAGAAAAUGUACAAUACAGCAAGGCUCUGUAACAGAAAGUGACUAUAAAACACCAAGGGACUGAGAGGACAUUAGCUCACAAGAGGGCUGCAUAAAACAUAGCGAGAGCAAGAGAUGUCUGUCCCAACUCCACACAACUUGAGUAAUGCACUGGAGUUCCCCAGGGCUGUGUGUGGAUGGCAGAUUUCCUCCUCAACAGGACUUUAAUGAACUACUUGUGGUUUAACUGAACAACUUCAUGACCUCUCCUGCUGAUAUCAGAAGUAGGUACAGCAGAUAUUCAUUGGAAGCGGUGGCUGUAUUCCAUAGAUACGGAACGGCGCUCGUGUUAUGACAGACAAUGAUUUUAUGGAAAGAAUCCAACACAAUGCACGCAGAAGCGCACAUUAGACAAAGAGACUGUGGUGACGUGUUAAAGGCAGGAGCUAAUUUAUGUGGAAAUCAAUCUCAACCUCCCAGCAAACUAAUUCAUUCUGAGGGAACAGCACCAUCUAAUGGACCCUACGUAUCGGCUCCCAGGCCUCCCUGUUGAACUAUUCCUUUCAUGCUUUUAAAAUAGUUUAAAUUGCAAAGCAGGAGGAUGCCAUUCAGCCUAUCAAUGCAGUUUCAGUGAUCUUCACUCUCUCUCUCCCCCCCUUUGUCUGUCUGUCUGUCUGUCUGUCUGUCUGUCUGUCCGUCCCUCUCUCGCAUUGGCCUUCAUGCUCAUACUCAAUAUCUCAUUUCAGACAUGUCUUGAAGGCCCCAAUGGAUGAUUGCCAGAAUCCAUAGACUUUUGGAACGGAGAACUCUUGGUUUCUUAUACAAUAAAGUAUUUUCUGAACU